AAAUAAAGAAGAAAAUAUUGAUACAAUUGUAAAUAAAUUAUAAACAAGAAACAUAAUUUUAAUAUUCUAAUUACUUAUUAUAAUCUUAUAAAAUAUCUUUACUUGAUUUAAAACAAAGUUCAUAGUUACCUAUCAUAUUUGUAAUUAUACAAUAAGUUAAUGAGUAAAUAUUUUCUAAUAAAGUAUUCAUGAUAAUUAUAUUGUAUUAAACGGGAAAGAACAAAAAAAGAAAGAAAGAAUCCUAAAUGAUAAUAUUGGAAAUUUUUUAAAUAUAAAAAUGCAUCAUAAUAUUUCUAUAUUAUCAAUGGAUAAAUCUAAAAAUUUAAAUCAUUCCAUAAAAUAUUUCAAUGAUUCAUUUAAACAAACAUAUAAUCAACAUUUAUGGAUUGAUAAUAUAAAAUCUCAAAUGAAUUCUAAUGGAAAAUAUAAAAUUAUACGUACUAUAGGACAAGGAAAUUUUGCUAAAGUUAAAUUAGCAAUUCAUUUAUUAACUGGACGUGAAGUUGCGAUCAAAAUGAUUGAUAAAAUCAAAAUGUAUAAAACUUGUCGAGAUAAAUUAACAAGAGAAGUUAGAGUGAUCAAAUCAAUUAAUCAUCCAAAUAUUGUUCAGUUAUACGAGGUGAUUGAAACAGGAAGAUAUGUUUAUUUAGUGAUGGAAUAUGCCAAGAAUGGUGAAAUGUUUGAAUAUCUUUUGAAGUAUAAUAGAAUGAAUGAAUCUGAUGCACGUGGAAAAUUUCGUCAAAUACUUUCUGCUGUACAAUACUGUCAUCGGAAAAAUAUUGUUCAUCGAGAUUUAAAAGCAGAAAAUCUUUUACUCGAUCAUCAGAAUAAUAUUAAAUUAGCUGAUUUCGGUUUUGCCAAUCAUUUUAAUGCAACAUCAUUAUUGGAUACAUUUUGUGGAAGUCCACCUUAUGCUGCACCAGAAUUAUUAAAUGGUGAGAAAUAUAUCGGUCCAGAAGUUGAUGUAUGGGCAUUAGGUGUUAUAUUAUAUUUAUUUAUAAGUGGUUCAUUACCAUUUGAAGCAUCGAAUUUAAAAGAAUUACACAGACGUAUUACUCAAUGUGAUUAUCGUAUUCCAUAUUUCAUGUCUACUAAAUGUGAAUUAAUUAUUAAACGUAUGCUAGAAAUUGAUCCUAUAAAACGAAGUUGUUUAGAGGAAUUAAUGGAAGAUCCAUGGAUUAAUAUUGGGUAUGAACACGAUCCAUUAAAACCGUAUGUUGAACCUCGAGAAAAUUAUAACGAUCCAGUCCGUAUUGCCCUUAUGAAUAAACUUGGAUUUAGUAAUGAAGAUCUACGUGAAACGUUUGAAAAACACCUAUUUAAUAAUAUCAGAGCAACAUAUCUCUUGCUGGCCGAUAGUGAAACACAGCAGAGAAUCGGGAAGCAGCUGAUAUCCGUUGGGAAUAUGUUAUCCAGUAGUAAUUUAAAUUUAGAUAUUGAGGGGAAACGCCGUCAUAAAUCUGUUGAAAGGAAAUUGAGCAUAAAAGACGAACCGAAAUCGGAACCAAUUCAACGUUAUACAACUCCAGUGAUUAUUUCUACUUCUCGUGAUGAACAUAAACCAAUUGUUGCAAAUAACCAAAUGGAUUUAAUCAUUACAUCUGAUCCAGAUUUAUAUAAAACUAUAGAGAAAACAAUGAAAUGUUUUGAUUCACAAGAUAUUUCUUGUUCUAGUACAACAACAACAACGAACAAUCCAACUAAUAUUCUAUCGAAUGAUUGCAAACCUUCAUGUAAUAUGCAUCGUGUACGUGCUAAAUCAUUGAACAAUAAUGCUGAAAUAAAUGACUCCAAUGAGAAAGUGGUUAUUUAUAAUUUGGAGAAUGAUGAAGAUCAGUUAAAGAAUGGUCAGGUUGUAAAUAAUGCCAAAAGUAUAAAUUCAUACAAACAAAAUCAUUUAAAACGUCAUUUCAUCAUUGAUAGAGCACAAACAGCUGUUCCUAUUUCAUUAGAAUCACGUUUAAAACAAAAUGUGAUUAUUAUUACUGAUAAAACAUCCAGUUGGGAUAAUUUACCAUAUGAUCAUAGUGGUAGAGCAACAGUACCAAUUGUAACAUAUCAACAUGAAAAUCAAUAUUUUCAUGAUGGUAAUUCAUUCCAAAAUCAACAUUCAGGUAAUAAUAAUAAUAAUUAUUAUUAUUAUUAUAAAAACGGAAUAUCAAAUCAUCAUAAUCUAAAUUAUACACACUGUUCAAAUACAAAAUAUCAAAGAAAUAGUAAUGUAACAAUUCAAUCUAUAUGUACUAAUUCAGAACAUAAAUCUCAAAAAGAACAAUUAGAAAAUAUAAUAUCUAAUAAUGAUAAAUAUGAAAUUAAUGAAGAAAAUGAUUUUAAAAUAGUUGUUUUUCAAAAAGAAAGAAAACAUGAUCUUUAUCGAUCACCAUUACCUAAUAGUUCAUCACCGAAUAAUAAAUUACCUAUCAAAGUAAACAUAAUAAAUCAUGUAAAUAAUUCAAAUAAUAUUAAACUAGACAAUUAUAAUAAGAACCAAUCAAAUGAUAAUCAACAAUAUAAAAUUAUUAAUUUAACCAAUAAAAAUACAAUUUCACUUAAACGAAAUCAACCAAUUAAAUUGUACGAAAAUAAUAAAUUUUCUCAAAUCAAACAAAAUGGUUAUAAUAAUGAUGAGAAUAAUAAUAAUUUGAAAGGACCACAAAUGAAUAUAAAUCAUUUGAGUAAAAACAAUAGUUUUGGUAAAAAGGAAUCAGAAAUAUUUAUUACAAAAAAAGAUAAUAUAUCAGAACGAAAAUUUCCUCAAAAUAAAGAAGUAAUGUAUAAUGGAAAUUUGUACAAAGAAAUUCAUGAAGAAAAUAAUAAACAAUUAACUAGAGAACAAAAACGAUCUUUUUUACCAUCAUUUUCUAUAACGAAAGAAAAAGGGCAAAAUUCAAAAGAAAUACUUGACAAAAUAUAUAUAUAUACACUAAAUUCUAAAUUAGUUAAAUGUGAUACUUCAGUUGGGAAAUCUUUUGUAAAACCACAAGAUUUUCAAUCUAAUUUAAAUUGUUAUGAAUCAAAGAAUACUACUACUAUUACUAGUAACAAUAUAAGUAGUACAACUGCUCCAAAGGUAAACAAUACACACUAUUCAAAUGGUUGUGCGACCAAAACUAAUUUCGGCCAAUGUUGGAGCAACAGCGGAACUUCCCGACAGAACCCCAAUAGCAUAAAUAACAUUCGCCAUCAUAAUAACAAUAAUAAUAACAGCCCACAACAACAUAACACUACACAAGUUCCUAAAAUAAGUCAGUUGAAUUGGUCCUAUGGGGUAGCUGUACAAAAUUCAAAUCUCAAAUUAUUACUACGUACAUUAGAUCAAGUUGUAAAGAAGUCUUAUAUUGAUCAUGUACAUCUCAGUCCUUAUCAUAUUCUUUGCUCACAACAUGUACAUUGUAAUUAUCAAAGUCAAAAUAAACACAACAAUAAUCAGCACACUAAAAUUCCGUCACACUUCAAUCAUGGUAAGCUUUAUAAAAAUAGUUAUAACCGUGAUAAAAUAUCUUCUUUGUUAAAAUGGGAAAUGGAAGUUGUACAUCUGCCAAGAUUUCAGACAUAUGGUAUACGUUUUAAGGGAAUCGAUGGAGAUCCUCGACACUUAAGAUCUAUGGAAAAAUCACUUACUGCACAACUUGUACAAACUAUGAAUAGUAUAAAAUAAGCUAUCAUUAUAACCUUGAUUUCUAUUCCUGUGAAUUUUUUGUAAAGGAAGAAAACAUUAAAACUAAUAGUAUACUACUUUCACUUCUGUGUACAUUUUAUUCGACUGAUCUAACUACUAAUGAGUAGAUAAAUAUAUUGAGAUAAAA